UGCGACCCCGUCCGACCCGCAGGACUCGGGCUGGGAACCCGAAGACCCGUUUAAGGUGGCUGGUCACAGACAGUCGAGCGAUGAGUUGUUAAAGCACACGAGACCAGACCACAUCGAAGUUGACGUCUCGCUCGAACUCGUCACUCUCUCUCUCUCUCACCGACAAUGUCCGGGCUCCCAUGGCUUCUGUCGCUCUCUCUGCUCUUCACCAUUUCGGUUUCUGCCGACGUCCAACUAAAAGUGACCAAUAACCCUGCGGACCAGUUGGUGGAUGUAGUUAACAGCAACAGAACUGCAAGCAAAAGAUCUUCCCUCCAUGACAACCCUGGGCUAGCGUGCAUUGCUCUGCAGUACAUAAAGGCGUACCAAGGUGAUUGUGGUGCCGUAGGAGGAGCCAAAGCUAAGAAACCUCCUGAAGCUGACUUUGCCGAGAUUUUUGCCCCCAACUGUGGUGUCCAGACCUCGACGCUUUCCCCUAUCACCGGUCGUUUACUUGGGUGCGAGACCAAGUAUGUGUCUCCUUCUACAGCGUUCUCAGAAAUCCUGAUGCAGAACGAAAAGAGCAUAGAAAUUCUCACCGACAAAAACCAUACUGAAGUGGGAGCUGCAGUCAGUGGCAGUGAUGGUGGAUCUCCUUACUUCUGGUGCGUCUUGUUUAGCAAUGGCACAUCCAACAGUAGCUUUGUUUUAGAAGGGGGCGUGGCCAAGAUUAGUAGGCCCGGAUGCUUUAGCGGGGCCAAUGACGACUGCAGUAGCGCAUAUCCUUCUCAAGUGCAUCGCCUAUGGCCAUUUGUUGCCUCGGGUUUGGUUGUACUGGGGUAUGCGUUUGGCUUAUGAUCAAGUCUCAAGGCUGUUCAGCAUUUAAUUUCUUGGCUCUGUAUUUUUGUUCUCAAUUCCUUUGCCACUGUAAUUCGUUAAUCUGUAUCUUGGUCGUUUUGUCCCCCACAAUAUACAUCUCUUUAUUUUGUAUUUAAUUUA